AUGAAGUUCCCUACCAUGGUCAUGGCCGCCCCUCGGGCGCCCCCUCCCUCCGGCGCCGGCAUCCCCUUGGCCAAGCGCUUCAACCACACCCCCAAACCGUCCAAGACCAACCUCUGCAGCGAGGCCAACCCCCAAUACCGCACCAUCGAACCUUCCCAAGGCCUCUGA